AUGUCGGAGCAAGUCGAUCUCACCACCAUUCCCAUCUCGCCCGACGGCGGCAAUGUUGACGGCGCUGCCUCUUCCUCCCCGGAGGAUGCUGGCAAGACCAUUACUGUCUUCCACGACAAGGACAACUUCAAUGUCAAGCACCCUCUCUCCAACAGAUGGACCCUCUGGUUCACCAAGCCCGCGAGCGGAAAGGGUGACAACUGGAAUGAUUUAUUGAAGGAGGUCAUCACAUUCAACUCUGUAGAAGAGUUCUGGGGCAUAUAUAACAACAUUGCCCCUGUCUCUGAGCUUGCCCUCAAGUCCGACUACCACCUCUUCAAGGAGGGAGUACGGCCUGAGUGGGAGGACCCUCAGAACAAGCACGGCGGCAAGUGGUCGUAUCAGUUCAAGGAGAAGCGCAACGUCAACAUUGACGAGCUGUGGCUGCACACGAUGCUCGCGGCUAUCGGCGAGACUCUGGAGGAGGAGGAGGACGGUGAGGUCAUGGGCGUUGUCGUCAACGUUCGCAAGGCGUUCUUCCGUAUCGGUAUCUGGACACGCACCAUAGGCAAGAGCAUUCCGGGUCGCGGGGACGGCGAUAUUUCGGGUGGCAAGGGCCGCAGCCCUGAUAAGGGCAAAGAUAUCCUCCAGGCUAUUGGCCGGCGGUUCAAGACGGUCCUCAAGCUGCCCCCCCAGGAGAUAGUCGAGUUUUCUGGUCAUACCGACAGUGCUCAUAGCGGCAGCACUCGCGCGAGGGCCAAGUUUACAGUCUAG